CCUGAUUCGUUGACAAAUCAUCGAACAUGGAGUUGCUCGUCGCCGACCUGGCGGCGACGGCACCAGCGGCCAUGGACACCCAGGGCCUCAACGACGUACUUGAUCAAGUUCGCGCAAAGUUUCCACGCACCGACAAUGUCUCGUCAUCUCUCUCAGAAUCUCUGAAUCUCCUGCAAGCUGCUUGGACUGAUCGAAAAUAUCGUCCGAACACGGCGACGCUAGCCCUGCUUCUCGCUCUCGUCGCGAUCGAAACCGUCGAAUCAACACACAAAGCCAGUCGCGAGCUUGAAGAAGCCUGGACGCUCUUGCGUGACCUGCAAACGACAACUGCGUCGCAACCGACCUCGGUGACGAUGCAUUCGUCCCCGGUUGUCGCGUUCGGGUUUGCCCUCGCCACCCAUCCACUGUCCCAAUCGUUCCGGUGCCCAGCCAGCAUCGUCUUUGACGUCGCUUUCGAGUUCACGAUGGUCCUCGAAACUUUGACCACAGACUCAGAGCUGUCAGGUAUCGCACCGAGGAGCAACAUGGACACCUCGGCACUCGUGUCCGCCCCAUUUCUCCAUCAACCUGUCGCGGCCCUUCUGCAUGAUGUUUCCAUCGCCGCCGAGAACGCGCUCUACGCUCAAUUCGACCUCAUCGCAGAGCAAGCAUCGUCGUCUGACUUGCAAGAGUGCGGUACACACUCCGCACGAGGAACCAAGCCACUGCUUGCCGCAGCCUUGGCCGCCAUCACAGCCUUAACCACCGCCCUGGUGUCGUGCCCGUUUCCCUCGAUUGACGCGACAUUCCUGGCGGCAGCCAUCGAAGUUAUCUCGUGGAGCAGCUUUCCAAUUCACGGCAGUUCCACGGAGUCCAAUGCACGGGCCAACGCACUCAAGAUCCUGUUUCGACUUGCCGGCAACAUGUCUCCUUCGCAGGUGCAUGCGGUGGUUGCACUGAUCCAGGCAGCCCUCCACAGCACCACAACAAGAACCCCUCCUCUAAGUCACGACGUUUUUCGUGGUCAUCGACUGCACGUCUACUUGCAAUUCUUGGCGCAGGUGCCGCAGCUCGACAUGGACGUGCUUUUCGAGCUGGCAUUACAUGGCGUUGGCCACUCGUGGACCCCACUACAGCAGUACACCCAUCGCAUUCUUCGAGCCCUCAUGCUGCACCAUCCCGGCGCUGCCACCCACACAUCAGAGGUAUCGGAUUGCUUCGUGCCGUCGCACACCUUCAAACGUUGCUGUGGGCAGAUGGGAGCCGUGUACAUACGGCGCAUGGUGGAGACCCUCCAUCCUAAUAGCAAGACCGAGUUGAAGGACUUGGCAACGACGAUGGGAGUCGUCGUGAUGCACGCAGACUCGGCCCUGUUUCGGUUUGCCGUCCUCGAGCUAUACGACAAAUGGUUACAAGACCGAUCGACCCACGUCGCAGCACUCGUCGUGGAGCUGGUCAAGGUCGCCCACGACGCCAAUCUUCACUUUACCAUGCAAGUUGUGGAGAAGAUGGCAUGGAAGGACACGUCGACGACGAUGCUGGACACAAUUUACCGCGUGAUCUCUGGCCCUUGCGACGCCUCUCGCCGCGUCGUUCUGGUCGAAUGGUUCCUUGGGCUCCAAACACAAGUCGCCCCUGCACUCCAGUCCCGGUUGUAGUCGGCAUUGUUUCAGGACUGUGUCGUCGUGAUGCGCAUGCAAAUUUAGGGUAUUUCUCGAGAUCGUCCAA